AUGGACAAUCUUACGGAAGUGACAGAAUUCCUGCUCAUGGGGUUUUCUGAUAUUUGGGCGCUACGGAUACUUCAUGCCGGACUGUUUCUGCUGAUUUAUCUGGCAGCACUGGUGUGGAAUCUUCUCAUCGUGAUAGUCAUUACUUUUGAUCAAUAUCUUCACAUGCCCAUGUACUUCUUUCUGAAGAACCUCUCUUUUUUGGAUUUGUGCUACAUCUCAGUCACUGUGCCUAAGUCAAUCCAUAACUCCCUGACUCACAGUAACUCCAUUUCUUACCUUAGCUGUGUGGCUCAAGUCUAUUUUUUCUUUGCUUUUGCAUCUGCUGAGCUGGCCUUUCUCACUGUCAUGUCCUUUGAUCGCUAUGUUGCCAUUUGCCGUCCCCUCCAAUAUGAAGCCAUUAUGACAUCGGAAAAAUGCUGCCACAUGGCAGUCAUCGUCUGGCUGAAUUGCUUUAUUUAUGCAGCAGUUCACACUGGCAACAUAUUUGAGGAGCACAUUUCGAGAUGCAGCAUAAUCCACCAGUUCUUCUGUGACAUCCCUCACGUUUUGGCCCUUGUUUCCCAUGAGGUUUUUUUUGUUGAGUUUGUGAGCCUGGCUUUGAGCUCCUGCUUAGUGCUGGGAUGCUUUGUUUUUAUGAUUAUCUCCUAUAUCCAGAUCUUUUCAACAGUACUCAGAAUCCCUUCAGUGGAAGGUAGGGCCAAAGCCUUUUCCACCUGCUCGCCACAGCUGAUUGUUAUCAUGCUCUUCCUCACUACAGGGCUCUUUGCUGCCUUAGGACCAAGUACCAAAACUUCAUCCAUUCAAGAUUUGGUGAUUGCUGUGGCCUACACAGUUUUGCCUCCCUUCCUGAAUCCCAUCAUAUAUAGUCUGAGAAACAAGGAGAUUAAAGCAGCUAUUUGGAGACUAUUUGUGAAGAUAAGUUCUGUGCAAAAGUAGAACAUUUAGAGUUUGCCAAUGCAAGAUCUGUAACAAAAGACCAGGAGAUCAUAAAUACUUUCUUUAAAAAGAAAGAUAUUGGAAAAACU